AUGAAAAGAAGAAUUGUGUAAAUAUUGGGGGUCCACGGCUAUCCUCAAUUCAUUUCAGAACAAUUCCAGUAGCACUAUCAAAAACUCUUGUUUGUGUAAUCUUAAUUGUACAAUUAGAGACCAUCAGAAAAUCCAUUGCAUUUACAAAAUCAACUUACUCUGUGUAUAUUUCAAAAUUAUCACUAAUUCUAAUUGUUGAAGAAUUCCAUUCGAAUCUUAGAACACUCAUAGAUCCCUCAUUACGUAAUAGGGAUCGCGUGUCCCCCUGUUGAUGACACCCAAGAAUAGGAAGUAAAUAUAUCAUUCCAAUAGUAUCUACAAUUCAAUGUUAUUCUCAUCGACUCAUUCUCAUUGUAAUUUUGUGAAUUGGAAGAAAUAAACCAAGACAAGCCAAUAGAUUUAGCUGAAUUGAAGGAUUUCAAAAAUUCAUAAAAAUGCUGUAUUAUUUCUUGA